AUGGAAAGGGGUCCUAUAUAUGGAACUUAUGCAGAGCUAAAAGAAACAAAGCUGACAAUGAAGAGUGGGAUGAUGCAACAAGAAAAGGAAGAAAUCAAGCUUAAACAAACGCUAACGAAGAAACAAGUGAAGUUUAGUUCAAGUGUGGGGGUUUCGAGGAAAGGGUCUUUUGUUUUGGCUCAAUCAGCGUCUGCUUUUUCUGCCACUUUAAGAAAAGAAAAUCGAAAGCCAGCAGUUAGGAGUGGGAUAGAAUUAACACCACCACCAACAUCGAGGAAGAACUGGACAAGAGAGAAUGGGGUGUGGCCAUUAAAUUCGAGGGGGAAUAAAUCUGCAAAUGUAGGUGAGAAGAAGUGA